AGAGACGUUAGUCCGCCUUGGUCGAGGGGAUGCUGUUUGACACCACAUUACCAGGCGUCAGUGGAUUCAGUGUAAAAAACGCGCCGUGGCCCCGCCUCCGCCUCAGCAUCCAUCCCCUCAACAUUCACACGAUCGCUUUCUGAUCACCCAUCUCAAAGCCAAGAGCAAACGAGACACUGUAGCACUCGGAAAAUACGAUGGAGUAGCAUGCACGCGUUUGGGCAUUAUUUUUCUUCCAUUCCCUUUGAUGGAUUUGCUCUUCCAUUGGAAUAUACAUUAAUCACACGACUGAGGAUCCGUCUGGCUGAGACAACAUGGCUUCUGACAACACACAGCGCAGCUACUCCAUCAUCCCAUGCUUCAUCUUCAUAGAGCUGGUGAUAAUGGCAGGGACCGUCCUGCUGGCCUACUACUUUGAGCUGACGGACAUGUUCGGCAUCCACGUCCAGGGGUUCUUCUGCAACGAUGCUGACCUGAUGAAGCCAUACCCCGGGGUGGACGAGAGCAGCUUCAUCCCUCCCCUCAUCCUCUACUGCGUGGUCGCCGCUGCUCCCACCAUCAUCAUCUUCAUCGGGGAGGUAUCCAUGUACACCAUGAAGUCCACACGGGCGGUGCUACUAACCCAGGAGAAGACCAUCUUGACGGGGGAAUGCUGUUACCUGAACCCCCUCAUCAGGAGAAUCAUCAGAUUUAUUGGUGUGUUUGCGUUCGGCCUGUUUGCGACAGACAUCUUUGUGAAUGCUGGCCAGGUAGUGACCGGUAACCUGGCGCCGUACUUCCUGUCUGUGUGUAAGCCCAACUACACCGGCACUGAGUGUCGCUUCAACCACCAGUUCAUCUCCAACGGUAACAUCUGUACCGGCAGCCCGGUCGUCGUGGAGAAGGCUCGACGCUCCUUCCCUUCCAAAGACGCCUCGCUCAGCGUCUACUCAGCUGUCUAUGUCACGAUGUACAUCACUAGCACUAUAAAGACUAAGAGUAGCCGCCUGGCCAAACCGGUGCUGUGCCUGGGUAUCCUGUGUACAGCCUUCCUCACCGGGCUCAACCGGGUCUCGGAGUACCGGAACCACUGUUCUGAUGUCAUCGCUGGGUUCAUCCUGGGCAGCUCUGUUGCUCUCUUCCUGGGUAUCUGUGUGGUGAACAACUUUAAAGGAGCCCACUGCACCCCCACCAAGCAGAAGACUGAAGAUUACCGCGGUCUCCCCCUAAUGACCUUCCCCCGCGUCCAGAGCCCCCUGGAGACACUCAGCGCACAGAACCACUCUGCAUCGAUGACUGAGGUCACAUGACUAGCGGGGACCGCGGUGGGUCAGCACCGGGUCACCUUUGCGUCUCCUCAACACAACUUCUAGGCACAAUGAUGUUUUUCUACUGUCAUAAUACAACUGUAAGAAAGGACAGUAUUCUGGUGUAACUAGUUAGAUAGAGGCCGACGAUUUGUACAUUUUGUAUAAGAGAGUACAUGCUGUAGACUACCUAACCCUGAGCAUGUUGCUACUGUAGGUCUGAACUAGGGUUGCAAAAUUCAGGUAACUUUCCAAAAAUGUCCAGGUUUUCCACAAAAUAGAAGAUUCCCGGGAAUCAGGGGUAAAUAAGCAGGAAAUUCAGGAAUCCUUCUACCGGGAUUUCUGGAAAGCCUGGAAAUGUUGGGAAAAUUACCAGACUGUUUCACCCCUUAGUCUGAUCUGCGUCUGGACUUCCUCCUCUCUCUCUCUGUCUCUCUCUCUCUCUCUCUCUCUCUGUCUCUCUCUCUCUCUCUGUCUAUCUCUC